AUGCUUUCUCUGCCGCUUGAAGUUCAACUUGAUGUUUUAAAAUGUCUUAAUUUCGAGCAAUUAUUUUCUCUCAAACAAACCAACUUUUAUUUUCUCGAUUUAAUUAAUAAAUAUGAAGGAGAAUUGGCUCGAAUGGAGUUCUAUAAACUCUCUCUGAUUGACGUCAAAACUAUCGACAGUCAACAGCCUAGUCCUUUUGUAUUCAUGGAUCUUGAACCUUUAGUUUUUGAAUUUCUUCUGAAUGGGCAACUUGUGGAGAAGUGGAAAACAGCAAUAGCUAAGUCUUUUCCAUUGUUUAUACAUGGAGCUGAAGAUGACUUUACAACUGCUGUCCAAAUAAAUAAAACAGGUCUCUCCACAAAUCUUUCGGCCCUAUCUGAAUAA